CCCUGCCGGACCCCCGCCGCCAUGGGCCCGGGCAGGCUGCCGGCCCGCCGGGGCCUCGGCUGCUGCGUCCUGGUGCUGCUGCUGCUCCUGGAGGGCUCGGGCAGCCCCGGGACACCGCCACCGCCCCGGCGGCACUGGGCAGAGGAGCAGGGAGCCGUCCCGGAGGGGAAACCGUGGGGCAGGGCGAGGUACGAAGCCGUGAAGAAGCAUUUGGGAACUGUGAGUGCUCUCUCCAAGCAGUAUUGGCAGUACGUGGCGUGCAAGGUGUGGCAGGAGGGCUGCGAGGAGGAGGAGAAGGAGCGACAGUCCAGUCCCAUCCCAAGCUGGGGCUUUCCUCUGGUGGGCCAAGAUUACCUGGAGAUCCUCUCUGCCUGGUACUGCAGCUUCGGCAAGUGCUGCGAGACAGGAGACUGCCGGAUAAUCAACAACAUCACAGGGCUGGAGGCAGACCUCAGUGGGCAGCUCCACGGGCAGCACUUGGCCAAGGAAGUGGUGGUCCGGGCACUGCAGGGGUUUCUGCAGAGCCCAGGGCCCCAGCAGGCGCUGGUCCUGUCCUUCCACGGCUGGUCCGGCACGGGGAAGAACUUUGUGGCUCGGCUGGUGGCCAGCCACCUGUACCGGGACGGGCUGAAGAGUGAGUGUGUCCGGGUGUUCAUCUCCCUGCUCCACUUCCCACACCACAACUACAUGGACUCCUACAAGGCCCAGCUGCAGAGGCAGAUCAGCGAGACCCUGCAGCGCUGCAGGCAGGCCCUGUUCAUCUUCGACGAGGCCGAGAAGCUGCAUUCCAGCCUUCUGGAUGCCAUCAGGCCCUUCAUGGCUCACCACGACAGCAAGGGCCAGGUGGAUCACCAGAGAUCCAUCUUCCUCUUCCUCAGCAAUCUUGGUGGCAACACCAUCAAUGAGGUCGCCCUGGACUUCUGGCGAGCCGGCCGGGCACGGGAGGAGAUCUCCAUGGAGCUCCUGGAGCAGCGGCUGCGGCUGGAGCUGCUGGAGGCUGCAGAGAGCAGUUAUGCCCACAGCCACCUCCUCCAGGAGAACCUCAUUGAUUUCGUGGUGCCCUUCCUGCCUCUGGAGUACCACCACGUGAAGCUCUGCGCGCGCGACGCCUUCCUGGCCCGCGGGCUUCCCUACACCGAGGCAAUGCUCGACGAGGUGACCCAGAUGAUGGUGUUUGUCCCCAAAGAGGAGAAGCUUUUCUCUGCACAGGGCUGCAAAUCCGUGCCCCAGCGCAUCAAUUACUUCCUUCCUUGAACACCAGGUGGGACCACACAUGUGCUGAAGGUGGUGCUGCACUCUGGGAGCUGCUCUCUUUGCUCAGGGUCAGGCAAGCAGAUGACCCAGCCAGGCACUUGCACAAGGACUUAACAGAGACUGCACCUCCUGUUACUCCCAGAGCUGUUACAGGGAAGGAGGUGCAUCCCUUACUCCUGGGAUGUGGGGACAGCCUGUGCUUGGCUGUGUUUGGAGUCUGUCUGGUGUUUCAAGUCCCUUCUUUGAGCUGGCAGUAGCCUGAUGUGGUUCUGCUGACAGAUGCUGUUCCAUGGGGGCGAGGACUGGCAAUGUCCAAGUCCUUGGUUUGUUGCUGUGUGGUGAAGGGAGGCCUUGGGCAGGCUGGUCCUGUUGACACUGUGACCAGAGCCAUGUCCCCGUCCCCAGUUUUCUCUGUCACUUUACAAGAUCACCCAGAACUGUUCUGCUGGAGUUGAGUUUUUCCCCUCUUGCUCUCAUGCCUUUCUAAGGUGUCUGCUGCUCAGGGACACAUGGGCCAGGAUCACAGUCUGCACAGGGAGAAAAUGACUGAAUAAUCUCCUCUGGAGAUGCCAGAUCCAUAGCUCUCACUUCAGAGUGCCCAUCUCUCACUGGAGUCUUCCGUUGUAUGGAAGCUGCUGCCGGGGUGAGGGGAACUUCUGCUGCCAUUGUUUUUCUAAGUGGGUUGGUGAAGAGCCCGUUUCCUUCACUGCAAAACCAAAAAGGGGAGAGAAUCCUUCUGCCAAGGGCAAAGGGCAGCUGAGGACGAUGGUGGCUGAAGCACCAGGCUGCAGGUAAAUGUGAGUUUUCAUGGAUGCAGUAAAAGCUUGGUUUUUUCCUUUUUUUUUUUUUUUGUUUUUCUCCUCAGUACAUUUCAUGCUGUGGUUUUUCGGCUGGUAUCAGCAUUAUUAUUAUUAUUCCAAGGGGCUGUUUGCUGUCUGGGUACUCGCCAGGUGAUAAGUGUGUUACAGCAGCUCCAAAAAAUGUCAACAGUGUUACGGGAAUGACUUUGUGACCUCUGGGUCAAAACUCCCUUCCAACAGGGCUGUGCUGGCGAGGGGUGAACAGCACAUGCCAAGGACAGGGCCUGGCUUCCCGGCCACCCCCACAGGGGACCUUUGAUCUAUUUUAAGCUUUGACCCAUUUUGCAGUGCCAGCGAUGAGCAGCGGCCUCUGUGAAAGAUUGACCAGACACGUCCUGGCCCUGCAGGCUUUGAGUCCCUGCGGGCACGCUGGCUCCGUUAUCUAACGGAUAGUCCCGGGCAGAGGUGAGCCAGCUGCUUUCCUGCUGCUCAGCCAACUUGGCUGCUGCGUGGGGUGGACCUUCGGGCUCUGCCAGCCUGUGUGAGCAGGCAUUUCUGAGACUUGGUUUAUGGUUAAUCUCGGGUGUCAGAAGCCUGGGAAACAUCGGGGGCGAUGGACCCAGGGAUGGCAGCUGGGGAAGAGGCUGCUGCCCCACAGGACACAACUCGGGUUGUGUUUGGCCACCUGGGCAGAAAGUUCAGCAAGCUGUUUGUUGAAGGUUGUGUGUAAGCCUGGAUAAACUGGGAUUUUUUUCUAAGUGUAAGAAAGUGUUGAGCUGUUUGGGUUAGGCUGACACAGGCUGGGGUGGCACCAACAACGGUGAGGCAAGAGCUGCGCUCUGCCAGGUCCCAAGGGUGUGUGUCUCACGGGGGUGAGCUUUGAUCAGCCCCACGACAGCAAGAGCUGCUCUCUGACCAUGUUGGGGCAACAAUUUGGUUCUAAACAGAUACCACAUAAAUAAAGAUACUGCUUUUUUUUUGCAA